ACAAAUUGAGUAUUUCAGUCAGUGCUGGUGCUCAGUUGCAUUAAAAUGGACGGUGGUGGUGCUUACGGUGGUGGAAAAGCUGGAGCUCCAUUCGACCCAAUUACCUUUGUACAAAGGCCCCAGGUUAUAUUAAAAGGAGCAUGUUUACUAUUUUCAGUAAUUAUAUUUGGCUGCAUGAGCAGCAAAGGAUCCAGGCCAGAUCCAGUUGAUGGAAAAGAUCGUUGUCUUUUAAAUAAUGACUCAACUGCAUGUAGUUAUGGAUCUGGAAUUGGUCUUUUAGGAUUUUUGGCAUGUAUUGGUUUACUUGGAGGUGAAUAUUUAUUUGAACAAAUGUCAUCAGUUAAAACACGAAAACACUUUGUCCUUGGAGAUCUUGGAUUUUCUGGAUUAUGGUCAUUUUUAAAUUUCAUUGGAUUUUUUUAUUUAUCAAGUGCGUGGAGAAAUAGUCCACGUCCAAUUGAUGAUUAUGGUACUAGCAGUAUUAAUUGUGCAAUAUUUUUCGCAUUUUUAGCUAUUUUCACCUGGGCUGGAAAUGCAUGGUUUGCAUAUCUAAGAUUUAAACAAGGCACUGAUUCAGCAUUUGCAACGAGUUAUGAAGCUGAUCAAGUUGGAAGUGCUGGAUACACAAGUUAUCCAGAUGCAAAUGAAUCAGCUUAUCAAGAACAAUCAUUUCCACAGCAACAGCAACAACAACAACAACAGCAACGAGGUGAAUAUCAAGCUCCAACAUAUUAAAAAAAAUAAAUUACCAUAAUUUAUAAAUAAAAAAAAAUAUAUUCAUUUUAAUAAAUUUAAAUUAAUACUGCGAGAUAAAUAAAAUAAUAAUCUUGCUAAUUAAUUUGGCAAUUUAAUUUACAACAAUUUAAGAAAAAUAUUAUAAUAAUUUGACAAAAAUAGAUAUAGUUUUUAUUAUUAUAUUGUUGGUAUUCAUCAUCGUUAUUCCAAAAUAGUAUUAUUAGUCAAAAAAAUUCAAGCAUCCUGCUUUUGUAUAAUAAUUUAUAAAUAAAAAAAUUUAAGCAGGCCUCUGAUACAACUAGUUUAUUCAAAAAGAAAAAUAGUUAACUGACACAAAUCCAAAAAAAAAAUAUACAAAAUUGGAUCAAUAAAAGUUGCAAUUAUCAUAUACAUAUUAAACUUUUUUUUUUUUGAAUAUAUUUAAUCAGUAAUAAAUUAUAAUAUAAAAAAAAAAAUAUCUGGAUUAUUAAUUCGAGUUUGAGUAAUUUGAGAAUAAAUAAAAAAUAAAAAAUUUAUCUUGGUAUAAAUAUAAUGUUUUAAAUGUUUAGAAAAAUAAAUUAUUAUUGUAGGAUAAAUUUUGAUUGUAGCUAAAAAACAAAACAAUAUAUAAAGUUCAUUAUUUUUUUUGUUUAUGCGUGUUGAAUAAUCAUUGAUUAACGCCAAAGAAAAAAUAUAUAUACAAUAAAAAUUAAUAAAUAAAAACCAUUGUAAUCUAUCAUGUUUAAGUGUGACAGUGUUCGUAAUUAGUAAAAAUAAAAUAUUAUUAAAAAAAAAAAGAAAUAAAAAACAAAGAAUAUUGUAAUUUUAAUAAUAAAUUUCUUUCAAUUUAAAUAUUAAAAUUGCAAUAUUUUUUUGGGGGAACAAAUAUAUAAAAUAUUUGGCAUUUACAUAAUGUCAUUGUACCUGAGUUUUAUUUAAUUAAUUUAAUGAAAAAAAAAAAUCAUUAAAUAAUUUACUUUUAUUUUCAAAUUUCACACAAAUAUAUUUUUUUUUAACUCAUUUUUUUUGUUGAUAAAUUAUUAAAUAAAUAAAUAAUCAUGUGGUAGUUAUCAAAUAUAAACAAUAUAUUAUUAUAAACAACUAAUUAAGAUAGAAAAAUUAAUUGUUUAUAGACGUAAUUAACAGCAGCUUUAAUUAUUUAAUCAAUUACUUUCAAAUUAAAUUAAAAAUGUUUAAAAUGUCAUAUGCGUUUUAUUGAUAAAAAAAAAAAAACGUUCUAAAUAAAUAAACAAUUUAUUUAAUUAUAAUCCUGACACAAUUUAAAUAUUGUUUAUUAAAUAUUGUAUUAAUUAAAAAGAAAAAAAAGAUAUACCUAUAUUUUAAAAUUUCAUUUUGUUAAUUUUGUCACACUCGAAUUGUAAAUUUGUUAUAAAAAAAAUAAAUACAAUAUUUAAGAAAAAA